GUGGAGCCUGCGGAGUCAGCGUCCGUGCGGGAAGUUGAAUCUCCCGAUUCGGUGUCCGGACGUGGUGACGCACGAGCGCGGGAGUACGUGAGGACGCAAGCGGGUCUUAGAGAGAGUGCUGCUCUCCGUGUGCCUCUCUGGGAUCCUAAUCUAGCACAGUUCCUUAGCCACGCUCCUCAUAUCCAGUCAUGCAGCGGAGAACAAGAGGGAUCGACACCGGCCUCCUUCUGCUCCUCUCUCAAGUGUUCCACAUCGGGAUCAACAACAUUCCGCCUGUUACCCUCACAACCUUGGCUGUCAACGUCUGGUUCUUCCUGAAUCCUUGGAAGCCCCUGUACCAUUCCUGCAUCAGUGUGGAAAAGUGUUACCAGCAGAACGACUGGCAGCGUUUACUGCUUGCUCCCGUGCACCACGGAGAUGACUGGCAUCUGUAUUUCAACAUGGUGUCCAUGCUCUGGAAAGGAGUGAAGCUGGAGAAAAGGCUGGGGAGUCGGUGGUUUGCCUACAUCAUUGCCACGUUCUCCCUGCUUACGGGGGUGGUGUAUUUGCUCUUGCAGUUUGCUUCUGCAGAACUCAUGAAUCAGCCUGACUUCAAAAGGAACUGUGCCAUCGGCUUCUCAGGCGUUUUGUUUGCCUUGAAAGUUCUUAGCAACCACUACUGCCCUGGAGGCUUUGUCAACAUUUUGGGCUUUCCUGUCCCCAACAGAUUUGCUUGUUGGGCAGAGCUGGCGGCCAUUCACUUCUGCACCCCAGGGACUUCCUUUGCUGGGCAUCUGGCCGGCAUUCUCGUUGGACUGAUGUACACUCAGGGGCCUCUGAAGAAAAUCAUGGAUGUAUGCGCAGGCAUUUUUAUCUCCAGCGCUGGUUCUUCAGGACAGCAGUACCACUUUAAUAAUGCAGGCCCUUCCGGAUAUCAGAAUCGCUAUACAGAUGGCCGACCAGGGACCUAUGAAGCAACUUACAGGAACUAUGACAUCUACACAGCAGGCCUGAGCGAGGAGGAGCAGCUGGAACGAGCGUUAAGAGCCAGCAUCUGGGACCGAGGAAAUACCAGAAAUGGCCCAAUACCGUAUGGGUUCCGGCUCCCGCCAGAAGAAGAAAUGAGGAGACAGCGUCUUCACAGAUUUGAUGGCCAAUGAUGUGGUACCACGCAGGGGAAGGCGCGUUCCAGCUGUGUGAUUGGAGCCCAUUCACUUUACCCCCCAACCCCCUGAUUGGUUUUAAACAAAAGAAGAGCGCACCGUUACUGUUGCAGAUCACUCACGGCUGCAGGGAAUGAGGCAGUACCAGGCCCCUGUGUGCGCAAACGCACAGGCCCAGCUGACACGUCUGGAAACCAGGCUUGUCCCACGAAGCCCACAGCUUUCCCAGAGUGGCCGGUCUAGCCCCGUACCCUCUCCUAACCCGAAGAUCACCUCUUCAGUUGGGACCAAUGUCCACUUUUCUCUCCUUCCCUCCAGACUCAGUGGCACGUCCACACUGUGGUGGAGACUGGACCCUUGAUAGGAAGUGGGUUAUUUCACCGGGUGAGUGGAUCGGCCCUCUCUGCCAGCCAUGCCAGGCGCUCGGCUUAGCAGGAGGGGCAGUGCUGCUCCGCGGUCCUCCCGGCAUAUUUCCAGGAUGCUGUAGGAAGGAUGUGGCUACCUGCCCAAGAUGUUCCCCUCUCCUUCAUGCCCCUCGGGGCGCUCAGGCUGCUAAGUCUGCCUGAUGUUCACAGCUCCUGCCUUAUUCCACAGGUAGAAUGUCUGACUGGAGGGGAAUAAGAAAGAUCUAAGGUAGGGGAAAACCUACUCGCUCAUUAGAUAUCAUGCAGCACCAGCAGUUCCGAGCCACCCCUCCGGGAGCAGGAGAUAAGACUUGUUUAACUGCUCCGCAGAGCGGCAGCAGGUGCCACACACACAGCAAAGUGGAGGUGUUGAGUGGGGCUCUCACAGGGAGCUCCCCUUGCCGCAAGUAUUUUUUUUCUUCAUAAAAGUGCCUUCUCACCGGCCACUAUGGCUGCAGUUUGUCAUAAAUAAGUGUCUGAAAACUGCCCCAGGGAAGUGCGGUGUUUUAUACACACAUUGUCCGAAUCACUUAAGGCAUUUCUGUUUCUUGUGUUCUGAGAAUAAAAAGGCAAAGACAGGGUGUCACCACGGCUUCGCAGUCGGGGAGCGUUUAGUUUAAAGGGAGUUAGGAGCAACCAAUGGCACUCCAACUUGAACUCCUCUUUCAUGUGUAGUUUCCAGUGAGAGCGGGUGUAGGCAGGCUCUCCUACGCACAACACAGACACCUGGGAAAGGAUGCUAACUGGUGAUGCCGAUUAGCUUUUGGGGGCAGACACAUAAGACCGGACUUUUUGUUUACAGUUUUAUAUUCUACUUUUUAGAAUGUGUGUGUGAGUGUCUGCUGCUUUCAGAAGAUUAAUCUAUACAAUAAAUCAAGAAACAUGUAGCCAAUAAAACAAACUUUAAGCUAAGUACUAUGUCCAUUAAGAAAAUUCAUAGGCUGGGCAUGGGGGCACACAUUUUUAAUCCCAGCACUCAGGAUUCGGGGGAAGGAGGAUCUCUUGAGUUCAAAGACAGCCUGCUCUACAUAUGGAGUUCUAAGCCAGCCAGAAUACAUACACACACCCUAAACACCAAGACACUGUCCCGAAGAAAGAGGGAGGAAGAGAGGGAGGAAGAAGGGAGAAGAUGAAGGAAGGAAAGAAAUUCACAGUAUAUGAAGUACAAACAAGUGCUCAGCUUUAAAAGGUGCCCAGCACUGACAUUUUGAUGCUAUUAAGGUCCAUUGUGUGCAUUUGACACAUCUGGUGCACGCCAGCUGUGCAGCUCCACGUCUACUUGUUAAUAAGGAUCCACCUGGAAUGUCUUUAACACGUGCCUAUGAGUGGGCUAAGUAAAUCCAUGGAGUCGAAGAGCAUUAGACAGGCUGUCCAGACGACGAUGCCCGAGCGAGCACCUUAGUGUAAUUUGUAAUGGGUGGGAAGCCACAGCCAUGAUGUUAUAAAUUAUGCCCGUGAGCCGGCUACCUCCAAACACAUUUAAAUUAUAAUGGUCAAGGUAAAUUAUUCCUGGCUCUCAAGCUACACAUUUGCCUUCCACACCUCAAUGAGAAAUAACCCUUCCCCUACUUGCCACCUUUGGACAGCACCUGGAAAUCCUGCCCUAACGCUCUCGUGUCACUAUUCUUAUUUGAGCCUUCCUACACCAGAUCAUGUCUGUGUAUGAUGUGGUUCUGAAUGACCCUAGAACCUAGACCUUCCCUGUCUCCCUCUCUCCGCACUCUAAAGGCUCAGUAACUAUUAUUUUCCCACCAAAGUUACCGUUCAGUUGUAGUGGGAUCCCGCUAGCUUGUACAUACAGCUUGAGUGCAAUAAUAGUACCUGGUUGCUUUGCUUCACUGGUUAGACAAAGACACUGAAAUCCCAAUCUUGGAUUGUGCAGUUAUAAUAUGCACUUUUUAUUUAUGGAGUGAAAUGUCACCAAAUGUUUAUUGCAGAUGUGGGAAAAGUCAUUUUAGGGAUAAGUGAAAACCACAUGUCUUCCAGAAUAAAGAUGGUCUGGAAAUGAUAAUAAUUGCGUUGAUCAAGUCACGGGCUUGCCUGUAGCCAGUGCUUACUGUUCUGGGUCUGGGAUUCUUUGCUUUGUUCACUGUUUUGUUUGUGUUUGCCCCAUCCACAAUAAAGAAUGCUCGAAGUUA